AUGAAUAACGAAUACGACUACCUCUUCAAACUGCUGCUGAUUGGAGACUCCGGUGUCGGCAAGUCCUGUCUGCUUUUGAGAUUCGCAGAAGACACGUAUACGCCAGACUACAUAUCGACUAUCGGGGUCGACUUCAAGAUCAAGACCAUAGAACUGGAUGGGAAGGUUAUAAAACUGCAGAUUUGGGAUACCGCCGGGCAGGAGAGGUUUAGAACGAUAACUUCGUCCUACUACCGCGGAGCUCAUGGAAUCAUCAUAGUGUAUGAUGUAACUGAUCAGGAAUCCUACAACAAUGUGAACCAAUGGCUCCAGGAGAUUGACAGAUACGCCACAUCUUCGGUUAUGAAGCUUCUGGUGGGAAACAAGUCGGAUCUUGUUGAUAAGAAGGUUGUUGAGUACUCCACCGCCAAAGAAUUUGCCGACUCGAGGGACUUGAAGUUUCUGGAAACUUCGGCUUUGGACUCCACCAACGUCGAGAAAGCGUUUUCUACCAUGGCACAGCAAAUCAAGUCGAAAAUGGCCACCUCUUCUAACAACACAGGCGGUGCUGGCAAGGCGGGUAUCAACAUCCGUGGUUCUGCCAUCAAUGCCAACCAGAAUGCUGGAUGUUGUUAG